AGAUGCUCUUCCAAUUUUCAUCCGACCCAAACUCUAAAUAACUACCUGGGUACCUUCUCCUUUUUUCUAUUUUGUUUCCUUUCCUAACCGACUAAUUUAGAAGAAAGGGAAAAUUAAUUUCUCUCUUUACAUUGCCAAAUAUUGUUGUAAUUAUUCUCAUUAUCUUGAAAUAACACUUAUCUGAACCAAAUCUGUGCAUAUACCUUCUACCGCCAUGGCUACCAGUAUCCCCCAUAGACCGCCUCACCCGGCGACGGUCUUAUCGGCGACCGAAUUAAUUGGCAACACGCCUCUAGUACGUCUGAAUAAAAUCCCACAGUCUCUCGGUAUCGAAUGCGAAAUAUACGCCAAAACCGAGCUCUUCAAUGCCGGCGGUUCAGUCAAGGACCGCAUUGCGUUGCGAAUGAUCGAGGAAGCCGAGCGUAGCGGACGCAUCAAGCCGGGCGAUACGUUGAUCGAACCAACCAGUGGCAACACAGGUAUAGGUCUUGCCUUGGUCGGAGCUAUUAAAGGGUACAAGACUAUCAUCACACUACCCGAGAAGAUGUCUGCCGAGAAGGUCUCAGUUCUGAAGGCUCUGGGCGCCACCAUCAUCCGCACACCGACUCAGGCAGCAUGGGAUAGUCCCGAAAGCCACAUCGGUGUAGCCAGGAGAUUAGUCAAGGAAAUCCCCAACGCGCACAUCCUGGAUCAAUAUUCAAACGAGAACAACCCGCUAGCUCAUGAAUUUGGCACGGCCGAGGAGAUAUGGGAGCAAACUGGCGGCAAGAUCACCUGCAUCGUAGCAGGCGCUGGCACCGGCGGUACCAUCACAGGCUUAGCAAAGGGAUUGAAGAAGCACAACAAAGACAUCAAGGUUGUGGCUGCAGACCCAGAGGGAAGUAUCCUGGCUUUACCUGAGGCACUCAACGACGCGCAUCGUGAUGAACCGUACAAGGUCGAGGGAAUUGGAUACGACUUCAUACCAGAAGUUCUCGAUCGCGAAAAGGUCGAUAAAUGGUAUAAGACGGACGAUACAGAAUCCUUCAAGCUCGCACGUCGACUCAUCGCCGAGGAGGGCCUGCUUGUCGGCGGGAGUUCGGGGAGUGCGUUAAGCGCUGCCCUUAAAGCGGUGAAGGAUCUACAACUAGGCAAGAACGACAUCGUGGUCGUUAUUCUCCCCGACAGCAUCAGAAGCUAUCUGACCAAGUUUGCGGACGACGACUGGCUAGCAGCAAAUGACCUACUACCACCUGCAGAUGUAGCAGCAAAGGAAGCAGCCGCAAGCGGCAAAUCCACGCAGAAGCCAGAAGACCCGUACGCCGGAGCUACAGUUCGCUCGCUCAGGCUGAAGCCUGUCAUUUCCAUAACCGCCAACAGCCCGUGCUCCGAAGCCAUCGAGACAAUGCGCGACAAGGGCUUCGACCAGCUGCCCGUCCUCGCCGGUGCCGGCGGCCGCCUCGUCGGUCUCGUGACGCUCGGGAACCUGCUCAGCUACUUGUCGCGCGGGCGCGCCACGGGGCAAAGCCCAGUCAAGGACGUGAUGUUCGACUUCAGCAAGCUCGACGAAGUGGUCACGGACCUGCGCGACGGAAAAGAGCACGAGAACAAGUUCGUCGAGAUCACGCUCGACACGCCGAUCGCCCAGCUGAGCAAGUUCUUCGAGUGGAACAGCGCGGCCAUCGUGACGGAGCCGAGCCAGCAAGGAAAGGCGAAGGCGCUUAGCAAGCCCGUUGCCGUCGUCACUAAGGUCGACUUGUUGACGUGGAUGGUGAAGCAGGUCAAGACUUGAUUACCUACCUAGGUACGUUUUACGGCAAGCUUAUGUUGUUACGAGCGAAGACACAAUAAUUUUCAUGGACAUACAUAGACAUGGCGCUACGGUGAGAAUAGG